CACAGCUGAAGUCUGCCCAGGUGAGAGCACAGUCACCGACAAUGGAGAAGUCGGAUCAAGCAUCAAAAGAUGAGGCCUCUUUGGAAAAUGGUGGGGUUGAUGCUCCACCAGAGAAGGAAAUGAUGGAACGCGGCAACUGGGGCGGCAAGCUAGAGUUCAUCCUCACCUGUGUCGGCUACGCCGUGGGCCUCGGUAACGUGUGGAGGUUCCCCUACCUGGCCUUCAAGAAUGGUGGAGGUGCCUUCCUCAUCCCCUACUGGAUCAUGCAGCUGUUUGUGGGGAUGCCUCUGUUCUUCAUGGAGCUGUCCUUCGGCCAGUUCGCCAGUCUUGGACCCAUCACCAUCUGGAAGAUCAACCCUCUUUUUAAAGGGCUCGGCUACAGCAUGGUGAUCGUGUCGGGUCUUAUCGGCCUCUACUACAACGUCAUCAUCGGCUACUGCUUCUUCUACUUCUUCUCCUCGAUGCAAGGAACGCUGCCCUGGUCACACUGCAACAGUGACUGGAACAGCCCCAACUGCAUCGUUGACAGUAAUGUGAUUACAAACCAUACCAAUGGCACCAUUUCCAACGGCACCAUGUACAACACCACGAUAUCACCCAGUGAGGACUACUUUCUGAACUACGUGCUGAAGAUGUCUGAUGGGAUGGAGAACAUGGGUGCUCUCAACUGGCGUCUAAGUCUGUGCCUGCUACUGGCGUGGUUUGUUGUCUUCGGCGUGCUCAUCAAGGGAAUCAAAUCGCUAGGGAAGGUUGUCUACUUCACCGCCACCUUCCCCUACCUGCUACUGACGGCGCUGCUUAUCCGGGGCGCCACACUAGAUGGGGCGUCUGAUGGCAUCAAGUUCUACCUGACACCUAACUGGAGCAGGCUGGCCGACUCAGAGGUGUGGAGUGACGCAGCUACUCAGGUGUUCUACUCCCUUAGUGCAUGUUCUGGGGGCCUUGUUCUCAUGGCCAGCUUCAAUAAGUUCGACAACUUCUGUCUCAGGGACGCCCUGAUAGUUCCUCUCGUGGACUGCCUCACCAGCUUCUUCUCUGGAUUCGUGGUGUUCACUGUGCUGGGCUUCAUGGCGUACAACAGGCAGGUCAGCGUAGCCGAUGUUGCUGCUGGAGGUCCAGGCCUGGCCUUCAUCGCCUACCCGGAGGCUCUGGCCAGCAUGCCGGCACCCACCGUGUGGGCCAUCUUGUUCUUCUUCAUGAUGCUCAUCAUAGGAUUCAGCUCUCAGUUCUCCAUCAUAGAGACGGUCAUCUCCUCCAUCUCUGACGAGUACGACUGGAUCCUCCGGAAGAACUUCCGUAACUCCACGUACUUCCGGAUAUCCCUGUGUGUUGCCUUCUACCUCAUGGCUUUACCCAUGACUACAAACGGGGGUAUAUAUCUCCUGGACCUGAUAGACACUGCUGUCAGCGGCUUCCCUCUGUUGUUUGUGGGUCUCCUCGAGUGUAUCGCCCUCAACUACAUAUAUGGUUACAGUCGGUUCUCCGAGGACAUCUCCAUGAUGCUGGGCAGACGUCCGUCUGUCUACUGGAGGUUCUGUUGGUGCUUCAUGACCCCGGCCAUUUUGUUUACAGUGAUAGUGUUCAAGUCUAUCCAGUACAGUCCUAUGGCGUCUGGUAGUUACAUCUACCCAGACUGGGCGCAGGGCCUCUACUGGCUUGUGGCUCUCUUCCCCUUGAGCGCUAUCCCCGGCUGGUUCUUGUUCCACUUCCUCCGUAAUGGCGGCUUGGAUCUCUUAAAGGGACUCUCCUCCCCGCUGCCCGAGUGGGGGCCGUCACUACCGGAGAACCGGACAGGGCGCUAUGCUAGCGAAUCCUCCAGGGGGACACCGGGAAGGACAAUCCAGCGUUCCAGGACAACGACACCCCAGGCAGCCAGGGACACGACAAACCACCGUCUUACUCAGAUACUGUCACGACAAAGAUGUAGCUAGUAACAGCUGAAGAUACAACAUGAUACAUCGAUAGUAGAACUACAUUCAGCCUUUCAGUAUUAACACUUUCUAAAAUGUUCCAUUAUCAUUUUUAGCGAAACAAAUAAAUGAUCAUAUACAGACGGGA